CACAUAACGACAAAAAUCCUACCUCCAUAAAAGGCCAACCCUUUAUCCGCUCCCAAAAAUUUCAAUCUCCUUCUAUCUCUUUGAGUUGGUUUUGGUUUUGCUUCCACCAAAACCAAUCCUGGAGGGCUCUUCUUUGCUUCUUUCUUCUUGAAUUCGAGCUUGUUAUAGUCUAUAACUUAGUUCAACUUGAAUUAUAUUAAGCUUUGUCGAGUUAGUUUGAUUCGAACAUGAAGCACCCACAAUCAAGUUUGCCUCCAGGGUUUAGGUUCCAUCCUACAGAUGAGGAACUCAUCCUUCAUUAUCUAAAGAAGAAGGUGAGUUCCUCACCUUUCCCUGUUUCCAUCAUCGCCGAUGUCGAUAUCUACAAGUUUGAUCCCUGGGACUUACCAGCUAGAGCUGCCUUUGGUGAGAAAGAAUGGUACUUUUUCAGUCCUAGAGACCGCAAGUACCCUAACGGUGCAAGGCCUAACAGGGCAGCUGCGUCCGGCUACUGGAAAGCAACUGGCACGGAUAAGGUUAUAGUUACAUCUUCAAUGGUAGCCGGAGGGGGUGGAGUGCAAGAGAAUAUUGGUGUAAAGAAAGCUCUGGUGUUUUACAAGGGAAGGCCUCCAAAGGGGAUAAAGACUAAUUGGAUCAUGCAUGAAUAUCGCCUUGCUGAGAACCCUAACUCCAACUACAACAAUAGGCCAGCGAAGUCUAAAGAUUGCUCCAUGAGGUUAGAUGAUUGGGUUCUUUGCCGGAUCUACAAGAAGUCCCAUGCUUUAUCUUCAACAUCAACAGCAGCAACAAGUGAUCUGGAUCAAGAGGAAGAGGAAGCAGAACUGUUCAUUCAGGAUGCCCUUUUGCCUGCCCUGAAAAGUCCUCCAAGCAACAAUACCCUCCAGCCUCAGAAAUCCUGUUCCUUCUCCAACCUGUUAGAUGCCGUGGACUACUCAAUGCUGAGUAGCUUCCUCGCCGACAACCAAUGCAACACAACUGCAUAUGAAUCACCUUCUUUCAGCUUUGCGAACCUUGAACAGCUCCCGAUCAAUAACUACACCAAUACCAUCAACAGCGGCAGCAUGUCGCUACAAAAGCUUCCCCAGUUGAGCUCUUCAGUUCCAAACAUGGAAAACAAACUCAAGCGCCAGUACUCAAGCAUUGAUGAGGAUUUCUUGCACCCAUCAAAGAAACUUAUCAGUUCUUGCAGUUACAGUAAUAGCACCAGCCAAAAUGACAUGACUCAAUACAACUUCCUAAGCCAGUCAUUCUUCAACCAGAGUCUACUUUUAAGUCCUCACCUUCAAUUCCAAGGAUAAAAGGAAAAUUUCUAAAAUAAAAAAAAAAAAAAAAACAAAAAAAAGGUGGAAUAUGGAAAAGAAAUGAAGCGGGAAGAUGAAAA